AUCGUCUCUCUCAGGACCGAGCAAUUCUCUUGACACACGCAUACACUUUCCUCUCCGUUCGAUGGAAACGGCCAAACAUCAAAUCCACGAGCAAGGACUAGCCACCGAAGUCAGAAUGGUCAACAACAAAGAGGAACCCAAGGAGUUCCCAACCAAGCGGUGCGGCGUCCUCGGAGCCACCGGCAGCGUCGGCCAACGCUUCAUCCUCCUUCUCGCCCUGCACCCGCACUUCCAACUCACCGCCGUGGGAGCCUCCCCCCGCAGCGCAGGCAAAAAAUACCGCGAUGCCGUCAAGUGGAAGCAGAGUCUUCCCAUGUCGGAAGAGUUGGGCGAAUUGGUGGUGAAGAAUUGUACACCGGAAGAGUUUAGGGAGGAGGUCGAUGUGGUGUUUAGUGGGUUGGAUAGUGACGUUGCUGAGGAGACUGAAAUGGCCUUCCUCAAAGCGAAUAUCCCGACUUUCUCCAACGCGAAGAAUUACCGCCGCGACCCCCUCGUUCCCCUCGUCGUACCAACCGUCAACCUCCCCCACCUCUCCCUCAUCCCCCACCAACGCUCCCACCACAACCUCACCACAGGCUUCCUAGUCUGCAACUCCAACUGCGCGGUAAUCGGUCUCGUCAUCCCCUUCGCCGCCUUACAAUCCCGCUUCGGCCCCAUCGACACCUGCUCGGUAGUCACCAUGCAAGCCGUCUCCGGCGCGGGGUAUCCAGGCGUCAGUUCCAUGGACAUCAUCGACAACGUGGUACCCUACAUUUCCGGCGAGGAAGAUAAAAUGGAACCCGAAGCCCGGAAGAUCUUGGGAAGCCUGAAUGCUGAGGCGACGGCGUUUGAAGAACAGAGCGACCUGCGCAUUUCCGCAGCUUGUAACCGCGUCCCCGUGCUGGAUGGGCACACGGCUUGUGUAUCCCUCCGCUUUACCCGUCGUCCUCCACCAUCCAUCUCCGAGGUUAAAGACGCCCUGCGAUCUUACGUGUCUGAGGCUCAACAGCUGGGAUGUCCAAGCGCGCCUAAGAACGCGAUUGUAGUCAUGGAGGAACCGGAUCGCCCGCAACCACGGCUGGAUCGCGAGACGGAUCGGGGGUAUGCGGUGAGUGUGGGAAGGGUGAGGGAGGACGAGAGUGGGAUUUUCGACUUGCAGUUUGUGGCGUUGAGUCAUAAUACGGUGAUUGGGGCGGCGGGGAGUAGUAUUUUGAAUGCGGAGGCGGCGGUUUUGAAGGGGUAU